UUAAUUUCGGUGUUAAAAACAACAAAUGUGUGAUGUAUCUGUUCAUAACGUACACACAUUGACACAUAUAUAUAUAUAUAUAUAUGUAUACAUAUUUAUACGAUCAAGGUUGGUUUUUAGGUUUCUCUAUAUAAAAUGACAGCAAGUGUGAAUGCUAAACCACUUUCUCUUACCCAAAAUACAUUUGUUAAUGAUAUCUUCCUCUACUUUUUUAACCAAUCACAACAAUGGAGAACCAUCUUCAAGAUCCCUUAAUCACUUCCACUAAACCAAGCUUAAUCAAAGAAGAAGAACGAUUUGACGAAGAAACAGUGAGUUUGCAAGCGGAGAAGAUCUUGUACAGCGUGGCCUUCCCUAUGGUUCUCAAAUCCGCCUUGGAACUUGGUGUCAUCGACACAAUCGCAGCCGUAGAUGAGGGUGUGUGGCUAUCGUCUUCUGAGAUUGCACUUCGUCUCCCAACCAAACCCACCAACCCGGAGGCACCGGUUUUAUUGGACCGGAUGCUGGUUUUACUAGCUAGCUACUCGAUCUUAAAGUACCGUAUUGUUAAAUCCGGAGAAAACGGUCAAACCGAGAGGACAUAUGCUGCUGAACCGGUUUGCAUGUUUUUCUUGAACCGUGGAGAUGGCUCGGGUUCUCUCGCAUCUUUGUUCAUGGUAGCCCUAAGCGAUGUCUAUUUCAAGACUUGGACACAUCUCAAAGAUGUGAUAUUAGAAGGAAAAGAUGCAUUCAUUACUGCUCAUGGCAUGAGAUUAUUCGAAUACACUGGUUUGAACGAACGAUUCGGUGAGAUGUUUAACCGGGGAAUGUCGGAAGCUUCCAUGUUGACCAUGAAGAAGGUUUUAGAAGUUUACAAAGGAUUCGAAGAUGUAAACACUUUAGUGGACGUGGGAGGAGGAAUUGGAACCGUUAUAAGUCUAAUAACUUCUAAGUAUCCUCAUAUUAAAGGCAUCAAUUUCGACCUACCCUCUGUUUUAGUCCACGCUCCUUUUUAUCUAGGAGUGGAGCAUGUUUCAGGAGAUAUGUUUAGAGAAAUUCCAAAAGGAGAUGCCAUCUUCAUGAAAGUAAGUUCAAUAUAACACUUGAUUACAUUUUGGAAUUUUUUAAAAACAAAUACUGACAGUUAAUUUCAUGGUCAAACAUAUAUUGACUACGAAAUCAAAUGGAUAAAUUAAUGACAGUGGAUACUACAUGACUGGACCGAUGAAGAUUGUGUAAAAAUUCUAAAAAAUUGUUGGAAAAGUCUUUCCCAAAGAGGAAAGGUGAUAAUAGUCGACAUGAUUACCCCGGUAAAAACAAAGAUUAACGACGUUUCUUCUAACAUUGUGUUUGCCAUGGACAUGUUUAUGUUAACACAAUGCUCCGGUGGUAAAGAGAGGUCUUUCUCCCAUAUCGAGACUCUAGCCUCUGAUUCAGGUUUUCUUCGUUGUGAAAUCAUAUCUUAUGCCUAUUCAUAUUGUGUUAUUGAACUCCACAAAUAGAUUUAUAUAUUUACCAAAACAUUAGUUUUGUGCAUAUUGUGUUUUAUGGUUUUUUUGUUUGUUUGUUUAAUGUGUGUAAUAUGGUUUAUGUAUCGGGUUGUUUUUCUUUUUCAAGAUCGUGUAUUAGUUAUCUUGUUCUUCUAGACGGCCGUCUAGUGGCUUGGGUGAUAUAUAUCCAUCACAAUUUAGGCAUGAUCAGGUUAAUCAAUCGUGUAUUCGUAUAUAGACGCUUAAGCCAAUUAAUUUUCGCCUAGGCAUCCGCCUAGCCCAAUGUGUGUUUUUUUUAUAAAAAAAAAAUUAAGUGAAAGGAGAGGAUCAUCUCUAAUAUAAUAUUGCAUUUUUUUUAUCACAAAAUACAAUAACUGUAAAAUUUAAUUGAAAUGAUAAAUUACUACUUUUUUGACUUUUCUGGCGCAUUUGAAAAUCCCGC